AUGGAAGACGGCAGCGCCGGCCCGGCGAACGUGCCUGGGGCCCACCCCCGGGGGCUCCAUCAAGUGUGGCCGACGACUCACCAAGCCAAAGACGAUACCACGAUCGAUAUCAUCGCCAUCCACGGGCUCGAGACCGAGUCACCACGAACGUGGGAGUGGAGAGGCAAAGAUGGAAUCGUCAACUGGCUCACCGACGAGAACAUGCUGCCGGCGAAAGUGCCAACCGCGAGGAUCUACACCUACAAUUGGAACUCCAGAUAUUUUCGAGACGCGCCUGUCCAGACGCUACUCGGCCACUCUGAUAGCCUCCUCAAGUCUAUUGAUCGAGGCCUAGGACUGCUACGACGGCCACUGAUUUGCAUAGCAUCUUGCUUUGGCGGUCUGAUUUUGGCCAAGGCUAUACAAAUGUCGUGCGAGGCAGAGAAUGAGCACCCAUACCUCAGGCAGUAUCUUGUGGGUGUGAUCUUUCUUGCCACGCCGUUCCGGGGCAGCGACGCAGCAGCUCAGGCGCAAUGGCAAGUAUUCGUAGGAGGAAUAAUGGGAAGGCAGACCUCACAAGAGUUAGUCGAAGACCUCAAUCGUGAGGACAAGCACCUCAAAGAGCUCACUCAGUCAUUCGCCGAGACCGCCAACCGGAUACAUCUUGGCCUAUACUGCUUCUAUGAGACUUUACCGUCAGAGAUUUUGAAGGCGGUGCUGAUGCCUGGUCGGCUCCUUGAGCUUGUCCAGGUGAUCCAAAGCAAAACAAGGAAGCUUCUCGUAACCCAAAACUCAGCUUGUCUUGAUGGCGUGCCACGUCAAGGACUUGAGGCAACGCACUCUGGCAUGAACAAGUUCAGAGGACCAGCUGACGCCAAUUUCAAGCAUGUUGCAGCAAACGUUCAGCAGCUCGCAUUACAGGCAUGUGCCAUUCUAGACCAACGGAACAAAGAAUUUCCUCGAGUGCAUUUUACUAUGCCCGUUGACCGCAACGAGCACUUUGUUGGGCGCAACGAUAUGCUGACAUGGCUCUGCGAAAGGGUCCCUCCAGCCAAAGGCAAAGAUCGUUGUCAACGCACAGCUAUCCACGGUCUUGGGGGUAUAGGCAAAACUCAGCUGGCUGUCGAGGCCGCGUACCGUACUCGCGAUCAAGAUCCAGAAUGCUCCAUAUUUUGGGUAUCAAUGGUGACAGCCAAUACCUUUAAAACAACGUAUCAGGACAUCGGUCGCAAGCUGCAGGUACCUGGUAUCAAUGAAGACAAAGCAGAUAUCAAGAUUCUGGUCAAGGGAGCCCUUGCCGACGCUGCAGCUGGCCGCUGGUUGCUUGUGUUGGACAAUGUCGACGAUUGCGAGCUUCUUUUCGGUGAAGAGCGCCUAUGCGAGUGGCUUCCAUCAAGCUAUCGUGGUUCCAUCCUGAUUACAACCCGGUUUGAGGAAAUCUGCAUCAAACUUGGGCUCGCUCGAGCCAACAUACUGACUGUGAGCGAGUUGACAAACGAAGAGGCAGCGAAGAUGUUGACAGCUCAGCUUCGUGCGAACCAUCCAUGCAACCCAGACGACGUAAUGGCAAUAUGUCAACUGCUGACAAACCUUCCCUUGGCACUGAAUCAGGCUGCUUUCUACCUGGCUACAACAGGAGUUUCUGCGGCCAAGUACCUACGUUACUGCCAAGAGAGCGACCAACGGCUGGUCCAGUUGCUAGGCCAUGACACAGAUGGUCAAGAAGGGCGAUCCCAGGAAGUCAGCAAAGCAGUGACCACCACCUGGCUCAUCUCCUUCAACCAUAUUGCACGAGACCGGCCACUGGCAGCACAGCUAUUGAGCACGGUAGCCUGGUUGGUCGAGAAGGAUGUACCGAUCGCACUGUUCUUGCAACAAGGACUGGAUGAAAUCGACCUAGACCGAGCUGUUGGUACUCUUCGAAACUACGCCUUCAUUACUCUGCGAGAAGAUGCAACAUCAUUUGACGUACACCGACUUGUGCAAAUAGUCACACGCAAUUGGUUACGCGAGCAGAGUGAGGAGAGCCAUUGGAUCGGAAGAGUAAUUGGACUGCUGGCAAACGGAUACCCCUUUCCGAGAUUCGAGAACCGCGAAGUCUGGCAACGGUAUCUGCCGCACGCCACGCGUGUGGCCGGAUACGCAGCUGAUGGCUUCGAGAAUGUCGAUUGUUUAGUUUUGUUGUCUCACAUUGCUGAAAGCAGCUUUUUUCUUGGCAACUAUGUAGAAACAGAGAAGACGUACAGGAAAAUGAUCGAUGGUGCAACGCGUCAACUAGGAGCGCAUCAUGGGGCCACCAUGAUGGUCAUGAACAACUUGGCUACGGUUCUUUCGUGUUUGGGACAAUACACUGAAGCAGAGGAGCUGGAGCGACAGGUAUUGGCCAUAAGAAUAGAGCAACUGGUCGAGAAUCACCCUGCGACGUUAAGUGGUAUGAAGAUACUGACUACAGUACUCUCGGGUCAGGGCGAUAUCCUGGAGGCAAUACAGCUGCUCCGACAGACGAUAACGCCACAGCACCAAGUGGGAGGGAAGGAUUAUUUAGAGACACUUACCAGCAUGCAAAACUUGGUGUUGACUUGGCAUGGUAUGGGCAGAGCCACUGAUGCACAGCACCUGCUUCAACUGAUACUGGACCUUCAGGGCCAACAACUUGAAGCAGAUGAUCCAGACACACUUCUCAGCAUGCAAAGUUUGGCUCUGGUAUUUCUGGAGCAGCGCAAGUAUGACGAGGCAGAGCAACUGUGCCGAAAGACAGUGGAUCUUCUGAGGCAGCGACCAGGAGCAGAUCAUCCAGACACACUUGCGAGCAUGGUCCUCCUGGCUCAAGUCACCUCAAAACAAGGUAGAAGCUCUGAGGCGAUGCUCAUAUUCCGACAGACCCUGGAUCUCAUGCGCCAGCGUCUAGGCCCAGAUCACCCAGUCACACUGGUGACUAUGCACUACUUCGCUUUGGCAUAUGCAAAUCAUAGCGAGUACUUUGAGGCAGAGCAGCUAUUUCGCGAGACACUGCAUCUGAAAAGACUACGAUUAGGAGCAGUGCAUAAGAGUACACUGAAUACUCAGCGCCACCUGGCGCGUGUACUUCACAAGCAAGGCAAGCUUGAGGAUCUGGAAAGCGACCUAUGA